AUGCCUCGUCUCCGUGUGCUAGCAGGUCCGUCGGUGGACGAGCUCGUCGAGGUCUCGGUAAACUCCGGGAUCGCAGUGGACGUCAAGAGUGAUAUCUUCGAGGGUCAGGUCGCAGUAUAUCUCAAAGACUUUGUGGAUCCCAGUGGAGCCGUCAGCGAUAGUUCGUACUUCAACAAAGCAGAGAGGAUGGGUGUCACUUGGAGCAUCCAAAUGCAAGGGAGGUUCUUACAACCGUACUCCGCCAAUGAUGUACUGUUCGGAAACGCCUUCGAGAAGCCCCUGAACCUUCCGUGGGGGUUCAGUACAGCCCUGAGAUUCAUGCAGUAUAUAGAUCCUACGCUAGAACAGGACCUGGCGUCGCAAUCCAAACCUUGGGCGCUGUCACCGCUCAUCUCCACUAUGCCAUACCUCGAACAUAGACGCAUCGCGCACGAUGCUGAAGUACCACCAUUCCCACCCGAGACACCCACUGCGAACGAUACUUCCCUAUUGUACUCUUCCGGCGACCGACGUGUGUAUUUCCGAGAUGUAGAGCGUAGGAAGGAAGUCACAUUAGGCCCCGAGGACCUCAUAAUUGCCGACUUCUGCUACAACUAUGUCUCCUUCGGCCCAAGUGGCGUGGGCGUGAGCUUGCCAGGCGGGUUCUCCCUCGACCUCACGAGCUAUUGGGAUGGAGAGCCUGUCCGGUUCGUGUGUUGUGAGCGGUCGAGUGAGGAUGGCCUGCCCUGGGGAAGAACAUUCUGGUGCGUGGUAUUCGAGCGAGAAGAUGAGGAAGAAGAGGGGAGUGCAGAGGAAAGCGAGGAGGGUGAGGAGGACGCGGAAGGCGCUGAUGACCAGAGCAUCGGAGACGAUGUUGAUUAA